AUGGCGAACGAUGAUGACUACGUUCUUCUUGAAUCAAACGAUGGGUUCAAGUUUGUCGUAUCGCGUAAAGUGGCUUGUGGGAGUGGAAUGUUAAAGUCGAUGUUAGAUGAUGAGGCUGCUUUCUCUGAAUCAAGGAGUAAAGUCUGUCAUUUAGACUAUCGGGGUAUCAUACUACUCAAGGUCAUCGAGUAUCUGUCGUACAAAGUUCAAUAUGCAGAUUUCAAUUCUGAAGAUAUUAUCGAAGAUUUCGCAGAUCGGAUAGAUCCUUAUAUCGCACUUGAGCUAUUGACGGCUGCCGACUUUCUCGAUACAUAG